UUGUUCAACAACAAGGGAAGUUCCGAGCGAACCGGGGAAUUAGCAUAGACAGUAAAAUAAAUAGUUUCCGUGUUUGAGGAUAUGUGAUAAUCUUUCGCGUGUCAAGGAUCAAUGGGUUUAUAAUGUCUCUUCGGAGCUGUUGGUCCUCUUGUUAACAUUACCUUAAUCGUCCUAAUUUGACUUGGGUAGCCUAACUAACGCUACACACAUCCAUCGUGUAACAGAAACAAAUGUCUAGUAAGCUAGCCAAAUUGGUUGGUUAAAUUAUUAAUCAGUGCUGUUUCUUAAUAUAUUUAAUGUAACGUCAACGUCAGUUCACCUUCAGACUGACACAUCGACUGUCCAUCAUGAACACUCCAUCACAAAAUGCUCGUCCAGCGCCAUCCCUACACUUCGGCCAGGUGGUGAUCGGACCCCCUGGAUCGGGUAAAACAACUUAUUGCCGAGGAAUGCAGGAGUUCCUGACAAGUCUUGGUCGCAAAGUGGUAGUGGUGAAUUUAGAUCCAGCCAACGAGGGCUUGCCGUACCAAUGCGAUGUGGACAUUUCAGAACUAGUAACACUUGAUGAUGUGAUGGAGGGCUUGAAAUUGGGGCCAAACGGAGGCCUUAUAUAUUGCAUGGAAUACUUAGAGACAAAUUUCGACUGGCUUGAGGCCAGGUUGAAGCAGCACCAUGACAGCUAUUUUCUUUUCGAUUGCCCUGGACAAGUAGAACUAUACACACACCACAAUGCGUUGAAGAACGUCUUUUCUCAGCUAUCCAGAUGGAACUUCAGGUUGACAGCAGUGCACCUAGUGGAUUCUCAUUACUGUGCAGACCCAGCAAAGUUCAUAUCUGUGCUUUGUACAUCCCUAUCGACUAUGCUACACGUGGAACUUCCCCAUGUCAAUAUCCUCUCCAAGAUGGACCUGAUUGAGCAGUAUGGAAAGUUAGCUUUCAACCUAGACUUCUACACAGAAGUGAUGGACUUGUCCUACCUGCUGGAUCAUCUGGCAGCAGAUCCAUUCUUUAAGAAGUUUCUCCAUCUGAAUGAGAAGCUGGCAGAGGUGAUUCAGGACUACAGUCUAGUGUCCUUUGUGCCCCUCAAUGUGCAGGACCGUGAGAGUAUGGUCCAGGUUUUGCGCACAGUGGACAAAGCCAAUGGCUACUGCUUUGGGGACCUGGAGGAGAGGAACCUUCAGGCCAUGAUGUCCGCAGCAGUGGGAGCAGACUUUCAGUUUGAUGCAGCACUUGGGGUUCAGGAGCGCUACGUAGAGUCCAACGAGAAGACCGUGGCAGAGGAGGUCAUGGAUCUCUGAGAUCAUGCUAGCAGUUGAACUGCCCGAAGUAGUGCCUUAAUGCCUCUGCACGUGAAAGGAUGAGGUGGCCUGCUGGGUUGCCACAGAUCAAAGUCAAGUAGCAUCUUCUCCCAUUCACCACUAGUUUGAGGUUUGGACAAAACAGCUGCUAGCGGUACUGACAGAUGGCUAUCACAGCCUAUCAACAUUUUGUUGCUGAAAUAGCAUAAAGAUAUGGGAUGGAAGAAGGGAGGGGAGAAUGAGAGUAAUGUUUUGCUCCAUAAAGUUUUGAUUGCCAAGGCGAUUUGUAGACACUCCCUGCAUCUCCUACAGCCUGGAAUUUGUGAUACAUUCAUCUGAUAGAUGUGAUCAACAAAUAUUCAAUUAAAAUAAUUUAUUUUUUU